AUGACCACACUGCCAACGAACAUUCCGCGCAUGGAUCGGCCUCGUCGGUCAUCUUCAGACGCAAUGCACCAACCGCCUGACGACUGCAGUCGCUGUCUCUACGACCGCCCCUUCUCCAACCUCCACGUCUACCACGAUGGAGCCCACUCCCACCAACGUAUCUUCGAGUCUUCGUGCUGCGCUGCCGUCGACCAGCAGAACCUCCACUAUCUCUGUCACAACUGCCACGACGAGGACGACGACGAAAACAGUCACCUCUACCACCCCCGCCAUCGACCGAAACGAUCCCAAACUUCCAGCAGCCACUAA